GUUGAGCAGGAGAUGUGUAAACGUAGCCAUUAGGUUAUCGUUAGGUUACUGAUCAACUGUAGAUUGAGUCUUGACUUUCUGUGUUAUUAUUCCGCAUUUGUACCGUUUGUACUGGUCAUAGCUCCGUCUGCGAUCCCGCCUAUACACACAGAUCUACUACUCUGCACCCUUACUCUGCCACUGCAUAGAUGUAUUUUGUAUCUCCAUUUCUUCCAAUAACCCAUGUCUGUGUGUGCAUCCCGCCUCCCUGCGCUCUCAAAUAGAUGGUGCAAGUCAAAAUGUCCAAAUCGUCUGCAGACCCACUGGCUGGUGUUGAAACCAGCUCACAGUCUCACUAUUUUCAGCUGCCAAGGAAGUUGCCCAAGAGGAAGAGCCGUUUCAAACGUUCAGAUGGCAGCACAUCCUCAGACACCACUUCCAGCUUCAUCAAACGACAGGGGUCGGCUGAUUCGUAUACCAGUAGACCGUCGGAUUCCGACCUGUCAGCGGAGGAGGACCGCGAGGCGUAUCGGCGUGAAGCCGAGCGCCAGGCUCAGCUACAGCUCGACAGAGCUAAGUCCAAACCUGUAGCAUUUGCAGUGAGGACGAAUGUGAGUUACUGCGGAGCUCUGGACGAGGACUGUCCAGUCCAAGGUGCUGCAGUCAACUUUGAUGCCAAAGACUUCUUGCACAUUAAGGAGAAGUACAACAAUGACUGGUGGAUAGGUCGGCUGGUGAAAGAGGGGGCAGACAUCACCUUCAUCCCCAGCCCCUUACGUCUGGAGGCCAUGAGACUCAAACAGGAGCAGAAACAGAGGAAAACGGGAGGGAACUCUUCAUCCAGCCUGGGUGACAUGGUGUCUGGUAGCUGGAGGACCACACCACCAUCUGUGGGUGAAUCUAAACAGAAGCUAAAACAGGCUGAGCAUGUACCUCCCUAUGAUGUGGUGCCGUCUAUGAGGCCAGUGGUCCUGGUGGGGCCUUCCCUGAAGGGCUAUGAGGUGACAGAUAUGAUGCAGAAAGCUCUCUUUGACUUUUUAAAACACAGAUUUGAGGGACGAAUCUCCAUCACACGAGUAACAGCAGACCUCUCACUAGCCAAGAGAUCUGUCCUGAACAAGAGGCCCAUCAUGGAGCGGUCAAAUACACGCUCCAGUAUAGCGGAGGUGCAGAGUGAGAUUGAGAGGAUCUUUGAGCUGGCUAAGACCUUGCAGUUGGUGGUACUGGAUGCAGACACUAUCAAUCACCCAGCCCAGCUAGCCAAGACCUCCCUGGCUCCCAUCAUCGUCUACGUCAAAGUGUCCUCUCCAAAGGUGCUCCAGAGACUGAUCAAGUCCAGAGGGAAGUCUCAGAGUAAGCACCUGAAUGUGCAGAUGAUGGCUGGGGAUAAACUGUCUCAGUGCCCCCCUGAUAUGUUUGAUGUCAUUUUGGAUGAAAACCAAUUGGAGGACGCUUGUGAGCACUUGGCUGACUAUCUAGAUGUUUACUGGCGUGCCACUCAUUUGCCUGGCACCACCUCCCUCAAUCCCCUUUUGGACCAGAGCCUGAUAACUCCACCUUCAGCCAUCUCUAGCUUACAGAACCAGCCCCAGCAGCCCCCCCGGGGGGUGGGGGGUGAGGACGAGGAGCCAGGGGAGGAUACCCACUCCCCCCUGGAGCAGGACAGCCUGAUGCCAUCUGACGAGGCCAGCGACUCCCUGUCCCGCGGCCGGAGGGGCAGCCCACACCACCAGGGAGAUGAGGACUUUGAAGAGGAGGAGGAGCAGGAGGAGGAAGAUGAAGAGGAGGAUGAGUAUGCAUCUCCCGUCCAUGCCCACACAUAUAGGGACAUGUACCCCCCACAUCGCGGGCACCCAGGUAGCAUCCACAGUGCCAACGGGCAUGAGUCGCAGGACAGGCUGCUUCAACGCGAUGCCCAGCAAGGCCACAACCAACGCAACAACCGCCAGCGCAGCCGCCCCUGGCCCCGAGACAACUACUGAGCCAGUAGAUGGCCACUAGAUCACCGACACAGCUAUGGCUUGGCCCUCAGACAACUACCUACACUGCCCUGACCAUGUUCCAAACUCUACAGUACAUGAUCAGUACUAGGAGACAUUGUGUGUACCAUCUUGGCCACAAAACCCCCACUCUGCAGGUCUGCUCCUCUCCCAACCUCCACCCACAGCUUUAUCAGUCUACUAACACCAAAACACUGCAAACACAAUUGACCUGAGAACCACAGUCUUGAAUUUGCCUAUUGAUCUAUCUAUCUAUCUUUUAAAUUUAGAUUUUCAAUCACUAAAAAAUAUCUGCUUCAAAACUGCCCAGUCAGACUGAAGAUCUGGUAAAACUCUUUACAGAAUUUUUUUUAUUUUUAUGGCUUGCACCUUCUCCACUCAUACUCUUCCAGAUACCUGAUUUAUUCAACAUGGGGACCGAUUUCCUCUAUGAGGUUCUGUAUAUCAGAUUCAGUCUACAGGGCUACUCACCUACCAUGGACAUGUUUCAGGCUGCUACUGUAGCUAUAUGUCAACUCCGUUAGCUGCAUCACUAAGGUUUAUGUGUUGUAUGAUGAUGACUAUAUUACUGGCCUUAAACCCCUUCAUGUAUCUUUAUUAUGGCAUGUUUAAAUACGAUUAUGUUAAGACUAUUUGCACAUUAAGGUCAGAGCAGGAACAGAAGGAUAUUUAAGGAAAAACAAAUGUAGAAAUGUUAUGUUUGCUCAUUAAUAUGGGAAAUAGUAAUGCAUCCAAAUAUAGUGUAUAUACUGAAUGGGCACGGGAAGUAUUUUGGCUAUUUUAUUUAGUUUGUUGAAUUUUUUCAAUAUGAACAUCAUGUUACUUGUUUCAGAGAAAUGUGUUAAAUUUUAUUAUUGAGAAUGGUUUGGAAGAAAUACAGGUAUUUCAGAGUCUAUAUGGUUAACUACUUUUAAGCUUCAUGGAGCUGCAGUACACUGUCACUUCCUGUUUGAGCAUCACUAGUCUUUAAUAUUGUGUAAAUUACUCCUCUCAAAGACUCACACACAAAGUUGACUUGAAGAAUGUAAUCAGGAUGGUGAAAUGAAAGUUAAUGUCAAAUGUGGACAAAUUAAAUGCCAACCUACUUGUUUACACACAUUCUUUCGCACACAUUUAAGUAUACUCUAGGCAGGCAUCCAUGAAUGUAAUGUUGCAUGCCAUCGACCUCUUGCACUCCCUGGUGUUAGCUGAUGUCAUUUCGCCCAAAUGAUUGUCAUCAAGUUGAUUGUAGCACAUGAUUGAUUGUAGCAUUUGCUCACCCACUCCCUCACACACAUACAGUAUCACAACACUUUUCAUACAAUAUUUGCUCUUUAGUUUGUUUGAAAAUAUCACCCUCCCACCCCCCAAACAUACAUACACUUCCAGCACAAACUAUUUAGUCCUUUGCAUCUUUGUUGGUCUGUGUGUACUGCAACUGUCUACCAACCUCAGCUGUUUAGGCAGACCCUUAAGUCUCCCUGUGCAUGAGAGCUCAGCCUCCAUCAGCCAAUCACUGACUCACGUUCAACAGGUCACCUCAUAGACUCAUGUUAGGAACUUGUUGUGGUGUGGUGUUCCAAAAGUAUUCACAGCUGUAGCAACUGUGACUGUACCUUUAGUCCAUGAGCAUAUGGAUUGGAUGCAGUGGGGAAGAGACCUGUCUGCACAGGGAUCAUUGGGACUGACUGGCCAGACUGCUGGUCUAGUACUUCCACGUUCACCCUUUAUCUUUCUGUAGUUUUCGGUAUUUUUCCAAUAAUCACAGCAUGAUAGAAAAAAAAUGAAAAAAAGAAAUAUAUCUAUGCAAGUGUUGCAUGAAACUUGAUUGUUUCUUUCUUAAGUACUUUAGUAAUGCAUUGAUUACAAAUCUCUUUGUUAUCUUGCGUGAUAUUCUUGUUGUGAAGACAAUUCAAUCUGUCUGCAAAAUACAUUGUUACUUAAACAUUUCUGAAAAGAAAACCACAUGAACCUAUAUUGAAACUGAAAUGCAUUCAGUAUAACACUUCGAUCGAUCAAUAGGAAAAAGUUGUCCAAUACUUACUUGCUUUAGAAUAUCUUAUAACAAGUGGCAGAAAAAUGCCUUUAUAAUAUAAAGAAAUUAGUGACUUACUAAAAUGCAGCCUUGCAUGUCUUAGUUCCCUGUUUCAACUGUACUUUGGCAGAAUGUUUUUCAAAGCGGACCAAUAUAGAAAUUGAUGAGUUUUUUUCAAUUUAUGAAGCACAAUUUUUACAAGGGUUACACUUUAAUGUCCUCUUGUCUCUUCUGUAUGCAAUACUAACCCUAACAUUGAAGACGCCUUAGACCAUUUGGACUUCUUUUGUGUAAGUAGAUAAAAAAUUGCACUAUAAUUUUUUUUCGAUGGUUGCUCUGUAACGCAAUAACUGCACUAAAUAUAACCAUGUGUCCACCGAACUCAAUCAUAGCGUGCUAGCGUGAUCUAACACGCCCCUUUCCCACAUCGAUUUCUGAAGAGAACAAAAAUGGAAAAAGUGAAACAUUUCUUGCCUGAUGCUGUAUAGAAUGCUUUCUAUAUGAACAUAGAAUUACAAUGCUAAGCAAAAUACAACUAAGUAAAAUAAAAAUGACA